CAGACCUUGCUCGCUGUAUAUUUUAGACCCUUUAUAUAUUCAGAAACAACGCCGUUUUGCUGUAAAUUCAUGACAAACUGCUCGGAACCAAAUUCCAGUACACUGUGCUUCAGUAUUUACAUCACAUUAUCAUCGCUUAGUGCUGACGUCACGUUACCACUUUCUCUACCUUCCGCAGCCACCAUGGCAGAUGAGGCAACUCGGAAAGCUGUGUCAGAGAUACCUCUCCUAAAAACUAACUCUGGACCUAGAGACAAAGAGUUGUGGGUUCAGAGACUACGAGAGGAGUACCUGGCCUUGAUUAAGUAUGUAGAAAAUAACAAGGCAGCUGACAAUGACUGGUUCCGUCUGGAGUCCAAUAAAGAAGGCACAAGAUGGUUUGGGAAAUGCUGGUACAUUCAUGAUCUGCUCAAGUAUGAAUUUGAGGUGGAAUUCGAUAUUCCUGUCACAUAUCCUGCUACGGCCCCUGAGGUGGCCUUACCUGAAUUGGAUGGGAAAACAGCCAAAAUGUACAGGGGUGGUAAGAUCUGCCUGACAGACCACUUCAAGCCACUGUGGGCAAGAAAUGUUCCUAAAUUUGGAUUGGCUCACCUUAUGGCUCUUGGGCUUGGACCUUGGCUGGCGGUAGAGAUCCCAGACCUUAUUUCUAAAGGCCUCAUCGAACACAAAGAGCAGCAGAAUAGUUAAACAGACCUCUGUGUGACUCAGAUCUCAAGAUGGAACACCAACCUAGAAAAUUGGUAUUUGUUCGUAAACCAUUCUUAGCUGAGUGGCAGUGUUGACCAUUUCUUAGCACGUUUUUUUUCUCUCUCAGGUGCCUCAAACUGUCUUAGUCAACUUCCACUAAAUCCUCAUAUGGCUCCCAUCAAAUAAAUGGGAAUUUUGAUCAAGGUACUCUAUAAUUGACAAUGUUCAAUCAGUGCAAAACCUCAGCUAUUUCAUCUAAUGGGAAUUAUGCGAUGCAUUUAGCAAUUAUGACUGAGAUACACUACCAUAACACACCCAAAGCCAAACAUUUUAAAUCAGAUGUUGAAAUAUUUACCUGUGUAACAUAUUAUAUUGUCAGUGUCAAGCAGAAAGGUAUAUUAUCUGUCAUCGGUCAAGGUGGUUUAGUGUGCAAAAACAAUGUGUUUUUUUACAGGGGACCAGCUUAAUUUAGUCUGUUGGUACUUGUAAAUGUCUCUUGAAAGUGUUAUGUUCACUUAAUUAUUCAAAAGACUUUUUUUACAUUAACAUUAAGCAGAUAUUAUUUUAAUUUCAAGAAGGUCAUAAAACUGUAAAAAUGUAAAUUAUGAUGUAAGGAUGGUUAUAUCCAUGACUAGACGUAUGACUUAAUAAAUUACCUGUAUUGCAAUGAA